AUGGCCGAUGCUUUGAGGCAACAACAACAUAACCGUAAAGCUCCCGAUCCGUCGUUAGCGCCUCGUCCUGGCCGGCGCAUUGCACAGGAUGCUGUACAAGCGGGAGGCACACCGCAGCCAGUUAGAGCUGCUGCUCGUUUGCCCCGGCAACUGGGAGCCGAGUCUGCGGCAAGACCGACGGCCGAGCCAGUACAGCUGGUCCUGCCGGAUCCAUCGGAAGACUUGCCGGAAGAAUACAAGGACAUCAAGGCAGCAAUGAUGGAAACGACCUGUGGUGCGUCCCCAGUAGACACCAAGAAGCCCGUCAAAUCGGCGUCAGUGAAGAAGAGCCCUCCCACAAAACCUUCCGCCAGAUCAACCUCUGCCAAGUCUCCAAAGUCCAAGACGCCUAAAUCCAAGACACCAGUAACCAGGACACCAGCCUGGGGAUCACCAGCCAACGGUGUAACGACUCGUCGCAUGCUGCCUCCGGUCAGCCCCACUGUCGCUUCCUCAACUUGUAAGCCACGAGGGCUCGCUGGCGGUAGUCCAGCGGUGCAAGGCCAGCAGCGCGGGCAGCGCCCGAUUCCGCAACCAGUUGGGUUACACGACGUCACAGCACCGACGCCUGCUGGCGCGGCCGUGACGUCGCAGCAGCGUCCUGUCCUCGAGGGCCGGCCGCGGCACGAUGGCGGAUACAACGCUCCCGUUAAGGUUCUGCCACAGGCGAACCCGUUCCAGAAUGUACGCUUUUACAGGCCGCCGCUACUUCCUCGUGGUUCCUUGUGGAGCCCAGACGUCGAGGUGCCUGCACCCCUUGGUCUCGACGACGGGCCCGUCGUUGUGAAGGACUACGUGCACGGCCCACAGGAUCCUCUGCCACCAGACGAGCUAAUCACGGCCCGGCAGGCUGCUGUGGCCCUCCUGCUCUUUCUCGUCUUCCUCGCGUUAGUCGUGGCUUGGGGGAGGUUCGCGAUCCACAAUUCCCACGGCGGGCAUACUCUAGAACACGGGUACGGUUCCGACAGCGUGCCUACUAAAAAUAAAAACGGGGACGACCCUGCAAUGUUUAUCCGAAGCUCCAUUGCGAUACCUGAGGAUUCUGCGAACUCUUGGGAUGAUCCAAGUGCACUAAACUCUACCACUGCAGACUAA